GACGUUUUGGAGCAUCUUGAUAAGAGUAGUGUUUUCUGUAUGCAGGGGUUUUCUUAAGCUGAUUGAUGGACUAAAGUCUUAAAACUUUUGGGCUAUAAGAGUUUUCUAUGAGUGCUUUAUUGGUAAUCUCAGAGGUGAUCGUGAUCAGGGAGUUUCAAGAUGAUCUCUUCAAGCCUUUGUCCUCAAUUUGUCUGGGUUUGACUGUCUGCCCUGAAUGAUUAGAUGUGAUGCUAAUUGGGUGAUGCUGAUGGGUGAUGGAUGAAGUUAUCACUAGUAGUACUACUAUCAUAGUUGUUUUAUUCACCUCAUGAGAAGAAGAGGCAAGAGUAUAUUUCAAUGGCACUACUUUUGAAUUUGGGCCGAUCCUUUUCAAUGCAGAUGAACAUUUUUCUCCCCAAACUCUUGCCUACUUAUUCUUUUUCUUCAUUUUCUGACUCUGAACAGCGGCUACCACCACCACCGCAAAUAUGGCACUUGGAGACUGAGCCCAAACCCAUACUUCCAACAAUUGAACCAUCAAAAAAUGCUGAUUUAAUAUCCCAAAUCAUUCUCCAACACCACAACCCUUUCCACGCCACAGAAUCCUCUUUCCAGCUCAAUGGAAUCACUCUCACAACCUCCUUAGUCCACCAAAUUCUCCUUCGCCUUCAUCACUCUUCAAAAGUUGCCCUUGCCUUUUUCCAAUAUUGUCAGUUCCACCAUCCUUCCUAUUGCCAUGACACCACCGCUUUCAACCUCCUCGUGGAUAGUCUCUGCAAAGUCCGCCAGUUUGAUGUUGCUUGGCAACUCAUUGUCCAGAUGGACCAGGAAAGCAACAAUCUUAGGCCUAAUUUUACCACAUUUUAUAUCCUGAUUAGAAGGUUGAUUUCUGCUGGUCUCACACGGCAGGCUAUUCGGGCUUUCGAUGAAAUGCAUAUUUUUAUAGACGAAGAAAAUAGUGGAAGUUUUUCACAGUUCCGGUUUUGUUUUCUUCUUGAUACUCUAUGUAAAUAUGGGUAUGUUAAGGUAGCUAAUGAGUUGUUUAAUAAAGAGAAGUGGAGGCUUGAGUUGAAUGCGAAGAUUUACACAAUUUUGAUAUAUGGGUGGUUUAAGGUGAAGAAAAUCGAAAUGGCUGAGAAGUUUUUUAAGGAGAUGGUGCAGAAGGGAAUUGAGCCAAAUGUGGUAACUUAUAAUGUGAUGUUAAAUGGGAUCUGUAGGAAGGCGAGUUUGCACCCGGAUGAACGGUUUGAGAAGGUGAUAAGGAAUGCGGAGAAGGUGUUUGUGGAAAUGCGUGAUAGAGGUGUAGAGCCUGAUGUUACGAGUUAUUCCAUUUUGCUUCAUGUUUAUAGUAGAGCACAUAAACCUGCAUUAUCGCUUGAGAAGUUGAAGAUGAUGAAGGACAGAGGGAUUUGCCCUAAUGUGGCAACAUAUACCUCAGUUGUUAAAUGUCUUUGUUCUUGUGGAAGAAUAGAGGAUGCUGAGGUGUUGUUGGAUGAGAUGGUGUCAAAUGGGGUUAAUCCUGCAACUGCAACUUACAAUUGCUUUUUUGAGGAGUAUAGAGGGAGGAAAGAUACAGAAGGAGCCAUGAGGUUGUACAGAAAAAUGAAGGAAGAUGGUUCUUUCUGUUCACCAAGCAUACAUACUUAUAACAUACUGUUGGGGAUGUUCACGAAGGUAAAUAAGAUGGGACUUGCAAUGGAGAUUUGGGAGGAUAUGAAGGCUAGCAGGAUUGGACCAGACUUGGACACAUAUACAUUGUUAAUUCAUGGAUUGUGUGCGAGAAGGAAUUGGAGGGUUGCUUGUGAGCUUUUCAUGGAGAUGAUAGAGAAAGGAUAUCUUCCACAGAAGAUCACAUUUCAGACGCUGUAUAAAGGCUUAAUUCAAUCUGAUAUGUUGAGAACUUGGAGAAGGUUGAAAAAGAAACUCGAGGAAGAAUCAAUAACAUUUGGUUCAGAAUUUGAAACUUUGCACCUCAAGCCUUAUAGAAGGUGACAAGUUUACCAAAAGUUUUUGUGAGGUUAUGAUCAAGAACAAGACAAAGCAAAAACUAGUCCCGUCUGAGCAGAGUUGUAACGUCUUGAAGGGCAUGCAAGCAAAGGAACAAGCUUUGGUGGAUUGGAUUUCAUAAUUGUGCGAGUGAAUGAUGUUUAGUGGCUUAUUAGUUGUAUUUGGGUUUACGGAAUGGCUUAUGUUGUGCCUGAGAUUCUCCUUCGAGGCAUUUAUAUUAUGCAGUCUGUGAUUUCUCAUGGAUUAGUUUAUAGCUUCUGUUUAUGGACCUGAAUUUCAAAGCUUUAUGAUAAGAAAGGACGAAAAAAGGAA